CUGGUUGAGCUAUUGAAUAUGGACAGCGCAGCAUCAGUUUGAUUUUAUGGUGUAAGAGUACUUCUCAGUCUGCAAUAGUAAACGGGUACAGUCAAAAUCCAAUCGCUGUUAGCUUUAAAUUUUUUUAAACAAAGUUCCAUAGUGAUGCUCAUAGGGCACAAUGUUUUGUGGACUUUAUAUCCUAUUCAGAGCUUUAUUGAGCACUUUGAGGGCAAUUGUAUUCUAAGGCUAUACGUCCAGACGGUCGAAUAGUGUCUGUCGAACACAAAUUGUUACCAGAUAACGAUGGGAAGCAUAAAGUAACGCUGACGUCAGCAACGAGCACCAAAGGUGUGUGACGGCCACUGUCCCUGUUCGUAGUUGCUUGCUGAACUUCGGACACUGUCCGGCCUGACAGAGGUACGACGUUGCGUGACACAAGUUGAAUAGUUAUAUUUUUUACCUGGAUGCACUUUAGCUAUUCGUUACUCGGGUUUCACUGCUGUCAACAUGGCGAGCUCUAAUUCUGCUAUUGAGGAAAGCUGCCGUUGGGAUAGAAAGGUCCUAUUGGUUGAACUAUACAGUCAGAAAUAAGCUUGUGGCAAUAGAUAAAAUAACUGCAGCACUUCAGAAAACUGGCCUGUCUGUUACUGGUUUAGAAGCUAAGAAGAAAAUAGAAUCCAUUCGAAGUCAAUACAGGAGAGUGUUACGCAAAUUGGAUAAGUCAAAGAAAUCGGAGGCUGGUACUAAAGAUGUUUAUACCCCUAAAUUGUGGUGUUUUAAUAAUCUUCUCUUCCUCGCUGAUGGCGACAAUGAGAAAAGCUUUUCAAAUAUGGAUAGCCAAGUCUCCGAUAUGCCUGAAGAAGUGUCUGAUCAUGAGAUAUUCGACGACCCUUUGCUUCAACCUCAGCAACCUGAUGAUAGGGACUCAUCCUUUCAAACUGAAAUGACUGGUACAGCUGUACCGAGUUCAUCUCGUGGUAAUGCACGAUCUACUACAACGCCUCGAGGAUUGAAAAGACCUUUGCUAAAGGAGGAGAGGCACGAGGUCCUCCAUGAAGCCCUGAACCAUCUGAAACAGCUCUCGCAAUCCGAGAUUGAAGAAGAUGAGAGUGCUUUCGGGCAAGUUGUCUCAAAUGAUUUAAGGAAAAUGGAUGAGGACAAUAAGAUAUGCGCACAAAAGAUAAUUUCAGAGGUCCUCAUCCUAGUGCAUCCAUCCUUCGUCUACUGGUUUUCCAUCUCUCCUGCUCUCCUUCUGCCAUUGUGGGGGAAGCCCUUCACAGCCAAGGAGGGGCAGCCGCCUCCUCUCACUAGUAGUAGUAGUAGUAGUACCCCCACAGGGAUGACGUAG